GGCCGGCCGCAUCACGUGACGGUGUCAAGAUGGCGGCGCCGUGGCGCGGCCGCUGAGGGAGGCGCGUCCCUUCCGGGUGGUGUCGCGGGCCCGGUGCUCGUCCCGCUCCCGGCCCCGUCAUGCAGCCACCGGCUCACGAGCAGGACGCCCGCACCAAGAGCAUGUUCGUGUCGCGGGCGCUGGAGAAGAUCCUGGCGGAGAAGGAGGCGAAGCGGCCCCCGCACGGGCAGCUGCGGACCGCCUGCCAGGUGGCGCUGGAUGAAAUAAAAAGUGAGCUGGAAAAGCAAAGAGAAGGCACUGCUGCUCCACCAAAAGCAAAUUUCAUUGAAGCAGAUAAAUAUUUCCUUCCAUUUGAGCUGGCCUGCCAGUCAAAGUCUCCACGCAUAGUCAGUACUUCCCUGGAUUGUUUACAGAAACUGAUUGCAUAUGGGCAUAUCACUGGCAAUGCUCCAGACAGCGGAGCUCCUGGGAAACGACUGAUUGACCGAAUAGUGGAAACCAUUUGCAAUUGCUUUCAGGGUCCUCAAACAGAUGAAGGAGUACAGCUGCAGAUAAUUAAGGCUCUUCUCACUGUAGUAACAUCUCCGUAUAUUGAAAUUCAUGAAGGAACAAUUCUUCAAACUGUUAGAACCUGCUACAACAUCUAUCUGGCCAGUAAAAAUCUUAUUAAUCAGACAACUGCCAAAGCUACCCUUACACAGAUGUUAAAUGUAAUUUUUACACGGAUGGAAAAUCAAGCUCUGCAGGAGUCCAGAGAAGCAGAGCGGUCGCAGAAGCCGCAGUCCCCCGCGGUGGCGGGGUCGCGGUCCCCACGGCCGGGGCAGCGGCAGCACAGCUCCUGGGGAGACAGAGCUGGUACUGCCAGCAGCAUGCUGGCCAACGGGGAGCCCGGCCCUGGAGAGCCCAGCUGCAGGGAGCUGCAGCGGGCCCCUGCCCUGCGGGCAGCAGAGGAAACAAUUGAUGGAGGAAAGGAAAUGGUUCAAGGCAUCUUGGAAGAUGUGGUGGAGUCAGCUGUGAAAGUGGCUGAAGAAAAGCAGGUAACAGAACCUGCAUUAGAGGCUGCAGAUACUCUUCUUUCUGGCUCUAGCAAUGAGAAUGUACAAACAAACGGGAUUCCAGAUGAUGGGCAGUCUGUUUCCUCCACUGAUAAUCUGGAAACUGAUGUAUCUGGACAUCAAGCUGCUGCCAGAUUUUCCCAUGUUCUACAAAAGGAUGCCUUCCUAGUGUUCAGGUCAUUGUGCAAGCUCUCCAUGAAGCCGCUGGGGGAAGGACCACCAGAUCCCAAAUCCCAUGAAUUGCGUUCCAAGGUUGUGUCUCUCCAGCUGCUUCUCUCAGUGCUGCAGAAUGCUGGUCUGGUUUUCAGGACACAUGAAAUGUUCAUCAAUGCAAUCAAGCAAUAUCUUUGUGUAGCAUUAUCUAAAAAUGGAGUCUCUUCUGUUCCUGAUGUGUUUGAGCUCUCUCUUGCCAUCUUCCUCACGCUGCUUUCAAAUUUUAAGACCCAUUUAAAAAUGCAGAUUGAGGUGUUCUUCAAAGAGAUCUUCCUGAAUAUUCUAGAGACUUCUUCAAGUUCCUUUGAACACAAAUGGAUGGUGAUUCAGACUUUAACUAGAAUUUGUGCAGAUGCCCAGUGUGUAGUGGAUAUUUAUGUUAACUAUGAUUGUGAUUUAAAUGCUGCUAAUAUAUUUGAACGUCUUGUAAAUGAUUUAUCCAAAAUCGCACAGGGACGAAGUGGGCAUGAGUUAGGAAUGACACCUUUACAGGAACUAAGCCUGAGGAAAAAAGGACUUGAAUGUUUGGUUUCUAUUUUAAAAUGUAUGGUAGAAUGGAGCAAAGACCUUUAUGUGAACCCCAAUCAUCAGACUAGCUUGGGUUCAUAUAAACCAUCUGAACAGGAAAUGGCUGAAGGUAAAUGCCUGGACACUGGAGGGAGACGGAGCAGUGUCAGUUCCUUGGACUCCACUGUAUCGUCAGGAGUGGGAAGUGUUGGUACCCAGACUGCUGUCCCAGAUGAUCCAGAGCAAUUUGAAGUCAUCAAGCAACAAAAGGAAAUAAUUGAACAUGGGAUAGAACUGUUUAAUAAAAAGCCAAAGAGAGGAAUACAGUAUCUACAGGAGCAGGGGAUGCUUGGCACUACAACAGAGGACCUGGCACAAUUCUUGCACCAAGAGGAACGCCUGUGCUCUACUCAAGUAGGGGAAUUUCUUGGGGAAAGCAGCAAGUUUAACAAGGAAGUGAUGUAUGCCUACGUAGACCAGCUUGAUUUCUGUGGAAAAGACUUUGUCUCUGCUCUGCGUAUAUUUCUGGAAGGUUUUCGUCUGCCAGGUGAAGCCCAGAAGAUUGAUAGAUUAAUGGAGAAGUUUGCUGCUAGAUAUAUUGAAUGCAACCAACGGCAAACAAUAUUUGCUAGUGCAGACACUGCCUAUGUUUUGGCGUACUCCAUUAUAAUGCUGACUACAGACUUGCACAGUCCACAGGUAAAAAAUAAAAUGACAAAGGAGCAGUACAUUAAAAUGAAUCGAGGAAUUAAUGACAGUAAAGACCUGCCAGAAGAGUAUUUAUCCACAAUCUAUGAAGAAAUAGAAGGAAAGAAAAUUGCAAUGAAGGAGACAAAAGAAUAUGCAAUUACAACCAAGUGUAGUAAACCAAGCGUAGCUAAUGAGAAGCAGCGGAGGUUGUUGUACAACUUGGAGAUGGAGCAAAUGGCAAAGACAGCCAAAGCCCUCAUGGAGGCAGUGAGCCAUGCGAAGGCACCUUUCACUAGUGCCACUCACCUGGAUCAUGUCAGACCCAUGUUCAAACUUGUGUGGACUCCACUGCUGGCAGCUUACAGUGUUGGCUUGCAGAACUGUGAUGACCCAGAAGUUGCAUCCCUGUGUUUGGAAGGAAUUCGCUGUGCCAUUAGGAUAGCCUGUAUCUUUGGAAUGCAGCUUGAACGAGACGCUUAUGUACAGGCUCUUGCUCGUUUUUCCUUGUUGACUGCCAGUUCCAGCAUUACAGAAAUGAAACAGAAGAACAUCGAUACUAUUAAGACACUCAUUACAGUUGCUCACACAGAUGGCAACUAUCUUGGCAAUUCUUGGCAUGAGAUCUUGAAAUGUAUUAGCCAGCUGGAACUGGCACAGCUCAUAGGAACUGGCGUGAAAACUCGGUAUUUGUCUGGUUCUGGGCGUGAGAGAGAAGGCAGCAUUAAGGGCUAUGCCUCUGCAGAAGAGUUUAUGAGCCUGGGAUUAGGGAACCUCGUUGGGAGUGGGGCUGACAAACGGCACAUGGCGAGCAUCCAGGAGUCUGUGGGGGAGACCAGCUCACAGAGUGUGGUGGUAGCAGUGGACAGGAUUUUCACGGGCUCCACGAGGCUGGACGGGAAUGCCAUAGUUGACUUUGUGCGGUGGCUGUGUGCUGUGUCCAUGGACGAGCUGGCGUCCCCGCACCACCCGCGCAUGUUCAGCCUGCAAAAGAUCGUGGAGAUCUCCUACUACAACAUGAACCGCAUCAGGCUGCAGUGGUCGAGGAUUUGGCAUGUGAUUGGGGAUCACUUCAAUAAGGUUGGGUGUAACCCUAAUGAAGAUGUUGCCAUCUUUGCUGUAGACUCAUUAAGGCAGCUGUCAAUGAAAUUUCUUGAGAAGGGAGAGUUAGCCAACUUCCGCUUCCAGAAAGACUUCCUAAGGCCUUUUGAGCAUAUUAUGAAGAAAAACAGAUCUCCGACUAUUCGAGACAUGGUGAUCCGCUGCAUUGCUCAGAUGGUGAACUCCCAAGCUGGUAACAUUCGUUCAGGCUGGAAAAAUAUCUUUGCUGUUUUUCAUCAAGCAGCAUCAGACCAUGAUGGGAAUAUUGUAGAGCUGGCCUUUCAGACUACAGCACACAUAGUUACAAAUAUUUUUCAGCAGCAUUUUCCAGCAGCAAUUGACUCAUUUCAGGAUGCAGUAAAAUGCCUCUCUGAGUUUGCCUGUAACGUUGCCUUCCCAGACACCAGCAUGGAAGCCAUCAGGCUUAUUCGCUAUUGUGCAAAAUAUGUCUCGGAAAGACCACAGGUAUUAAGAGAAUACACAAGUGAUGACAUGAAUGUGGCUCCUGGGGACAGAGUAUGGGUCAGAGGAUGGUUUCCUAUUUUGUUUGAACUUUCUUGUAUCAUCAAUCGUUGCAAGUUAGAUGUUCGUACAAGAGGCUUAACAGUGAUGUUUGAAAUCAUGAAGAGUUACGGCCAUACUUUUGAAAAGCACUGGUGGCAAGACCUGUUUAGAAUUGUGUUUCGGAUUUUUGAUAAUAUGAAACUCCCUGAGCAACAAACAGAGAAAUCAGAGUGGAUGACCACGACGUGCAACCACGCCCUUUAUGCUAUCUGUGACGUGUUCACACAGUUCUAUGAAGCUUUGCAUGAGAUCCUUCUUCCUGACAUACUUGCACAGUUACACUGGUGUGUAAAACAAGAUAAUGAGCAGUUGGCACGAUCAGGUACAAACUGCCUAGAAAACCUGGUAAUACUCAAUGGACAGAAAUUCAGCCCUGAAGUCUGGGGCCAGACAUGCAAUUGUAUGCUAGAAAUCUUCAAAACAACUAUUCCUCAUGUCUUGCUGACAUGGAAGCCUGUAGGAAUGGAGGAAGAUUCAUCUGAAAAACACUUGGAUUUGGACCUAGAUCACCAGUCUUUAAGCAGCAUGGAUAAAAAUGCUUCUGAAAGAGGACAAAGCCAAUAUUCCAAUCCAACAGAUGAGAGCUGGAAAGGUGGUCCUUACACAAACCAAAAACUAUUUGCUGGCCUCCUGAUCAAGUGUGUGGUACAGCUGGAGUUGAUACAGACCAUUGACAACAUAGUGUUCUAUCCAGCAACAAGCAAGAAGGAAGAUGCUGAGCACAUGGCUGCAGCUCAGCGAGACACACUGGAUGCAGUUAUCCACAUUGACACAGAAGACCAAGGAAUGUAUAAAUAUAUGUCUUCACAUCACCUUUUUAAGUUACUGGAUUGUCUGCAAGAGUCUCACUCAUUUUCAAAAGCCUUUAAUUCAAAUUACGAGCAGCGAACUGUGUUAUGGAGAGCAGGGUUCAAGGGUAAAUCCAAACCCAAUCUCUUAAAACAAGAGACCAGCAGCCUGGCAUGCUGCCUGAGGAUCCUGUUCCGGAUGUAUGUGGACGAGAGCCGGCGAGAGGCCUGGGACGCGGUCCAGCAGCGGCUGCUCAGUGUGUGCAGCGAAGCCCUGGCAUAUUUUAUUACUGUCAACUCAGAAAGCCACAGAGAAGCCUGGACCAAUCUCCUGCUGUUGCUUUUAACAAAAACACUAAAAAUCAGUGAUGAAAAGUUCAGGGCACACGCUUCGGCCUAUUACCCGUACCUGUGUGAGAUCAUGCAGUUCGACCUGAUCCCCGAGCUGCGGGCGGUGCUGCGCAGGUUCUUCCUGCGCAUCGGGGCGGUGUUCGACAUCUGCGCCGCGGGCGAGCCGGCACGCGCGGCUGGCACCACCCUGCCCCCCUGGCAGUGAGGCUGCUACUGUACGGAAAGCUGUGUCCAGAGAGGGACUGAAGGGGAUGGGGCAAAUGGGACCCUGGUGUAUCACCACAGGAGCAAGUUCUUCUUACCACAGUGGCAUUUGGGAACGAGGAAAGUAAUCCUGUUCUGUCCAUCCUACGGAAGUGUCAGCAGUUUUAUUUAAAGUAUUGCUUACAGAGUCAAUACAGUAGGUGUGCAGUCUCUUUGUUUCAAUGCUAAUCAUUUGUAUGAUCCAGUAUGUCUCUUUGAGUCUUUUAUGCACUGCUCAGUCUUUCAUCCCAGCUAGAGCUGAUAAAUCAGCUGUAUCUCUCCACAGAAGUUAUGCCCCUUGGAACUAAUGGCUGUAUUUGUGUAGCCUCGUGAUGUUGGCAAGUGUUCAUAAUAAACCUGACUGUGGUGGCCAAUGACCACCCGAGACCCCUUUGGGUUUUCCUUUAUGUCCAGGACCAGGCCAGGCAGGGCACUGGGCUAUUGAAGUGGACAGCCUGGAGGAUAUUCGGAGAAGGUUUUCCUCCUGUUUAGCAAAUUAUGUAAUUUUUUUUAAUAUCAGUACUGCAUCUUCUGAGACUUAGUUUUAUGGGAGAUUUUACAUCAGGAGCACCAAUAGCAUCUAUUCCUUUAGCUUAUUAGGCUUGAGUUAAAGGCAUUUAUAAAAAGAAAAGGCUUUCCUUUUCAUUUCAUACAUUGGCAGAUGAUAGAGCAUAAACAGGAACAUCAGAAACAAGGCUCAGAAGAAAUAAACUCACCUUUUUGACCCUUGAAUAUAAUUUAGCAGUAAUGGUGACUGCUUAGCAGUAAGUCCAAUCCUUAACACAAGUUGGUCUCUAGAUCUGCAGAUUCAGAGACAAGUUCUAAUUUGUCAUUUUAUUCAAAUGAUUUUUGUUUUUAACACUUGGUUCCUAGUGGCAUCUAAAAACCCUGAAUUUCAAAAAAACUGCUCUAGCAAAAUUAAACAAGUUCAUUCACAUGCUUUAAAUUAACAGCAUAAUUCUGUGCUUUGAAGGACUUCUGUGAAGCAAAAUGUGACAUGACACCACAACUUUGCUUGCCCCAGAGAGAUUUCUUUCUUUCCUUGAAAUGCAACAGGUUUCUGUGACAAUGUUUCUAUGACAGGAUGCUGUCUUGACCUUUGAAAUAAUUUUAAAUUUCAAGUUUCAAGACAUUUCUAAACCAGGAAAGUAUGGCAGGAUGGGAGGAGAGGCUCCACUUCCUAAAUUAAUGCAAAGUAGUAUUAGCUGCUGUGCUAUCCAGAGUAGCAAAUCUAAAAUAUUAACAGUAUUUAAAGAAAAAAACAAACCGACGAACAGCAACAACCUACCUACUUGAAUGGAACUAAGUGUAUAACAUUAUUUUGUUUUUUGAGUUGACUUUCCUGGUAGGAUGGCCACAGGUGAGGUUGUCCUGGGAUAUGUUGCUCUGAGCUGCUGGGAAUGUGCUGUCUUUGGAGGGUUUUUUUGGUUGUUUGAGGUUUUUGUUGUUUUUUGUGAUAUUUUUCCAAAGGGUUUUUAUGGUGUUCCUGAAUACAUCAGUUUGUCCUGUGUAAGCAUUGUUUGGGAAAGGUUUUACAGUCAGUAGUAGUGACAAAGCUUUCACAAUUUAUUCUUACUUUUUAUUUUUAACCAAAGAAGAGUGAUAGUUGUGGCUCUUUGACUUUUAAAUGCCCUUUAGGUUAAAUCUAUACACUGCUGUUUAGUAGAAGGGAGUGAAUGGCUGUAUGUAACAAGAGGAGAAGCCUGAAAAAAUACGCAACGCUGGUAUUUACCUUGCUGCAUUUGAAAUAUCCUUUUGUGUGUUUGCAUCUCCUGUAGCUGCUCAUUCUCUGGGAAUGUCACUGCAAUUGGGUACUGCAGAAAAUGAAGUAUUUAUUUUAAUUCUAUUUAAAUCUGUAAUAAUAUGCUAUUCCUUUUCAUCUGGUCCUAGGUAGUCCUAAGGAAAAUAUUUGAACCAUUAUUUUUCAGAUUUGGAAUGUGUCACUGCCUCAUUGAAUGUGUUCCCUCAUGUCCCAUCAGACACACCUAGCCCAGCUGCAUGUUUGAAAGCCCUACAGUCAUGCCUUGGAAAAAGUCUCAAUUUUGAGGUCUUAAAUGACUUCACAGUUGCUUCACGGGCUUCCUUUACUGUAAGGGGCAGCAUUUGUAGUCUCUCUCUGCACAUAGGAUGAGGAUAUUUAAUCCAUGCUUCCCUUCAGCCUUUGGUCUGAGACGGUUCUUAAGAAAAGCUUUUGUUGUAUUUAUAGCAGUUACAAAGCAUCUGGGUCUGCAGUGCAGGGAGGAGAAGGGGCCUGGAUGCAGUUGCACUGUCAGAGCCCAGUCCUGUCCUGUUCCUGCAGCAAUAAUCAGGCUGUGUUCAGCUUGCUGCACAGCACUUUUGGCUUUUCCCGAAUCGGGAAGGGCCAAACCCACCUCCAUCCCUCCCUGUGAAGCUCAGCCCUGGCGGUUCCGCCACGGCUGUGCGGGAGCAGGAAUGUGCAGGGAGGGAGGCAGGGAGAGAACACAGCUCUUGGCCGGGCUGUGCAGCAGAGCAGCUGCAGCUCACCCACUGUAGGAGCAUCAACCCUGCAGCUGCAGCUCACCCACUGUAGGAGCAUCAACCCUGCAGCUGCAGCUCACCCACUGUAGGAGCAUCAACCCUGCAGCCUCCGUGGGCUUUGCUGUUUGAGUCAUUCCAGGUCUCCAGGGAGGGGAGGAGCAGAGGAGGCUAACAAGGAAAACCCUAAACCCUCCCUUUGGUGGAGAUUAAAAACUCACUUCAUGUUGCUUCUAUUGUGUCUUACCGUCCAGGAAAAGGUUGUUUCUACAGGAGUUUGUUAUCCUUGUCUGGUACUUCACAUUCUAAACUCUAAACAGAACAAUCUAAACCAAUGUCCACUACUAGAGCCGACAACCCCCAGAGUUUAGCUCAGUCUUACUAUUCAGGAAAAAUGUUAAAAAUAGUUAACUCUGUCAAAAGUGCAUCUCCCUUCAAUCUGUAACUUCAGUUUCUUCAGCACCUUUGUUUAAAAUGUAUGUUUUCACAUAUUUAAAAUGCCUGAGUUUUAAUAUCUCUGUAUUAAGUGCAUUUACUAUCAAUAAUUUAAAGACUAUUCCUUGCCAAUGGAUGUAUAGAGUUCUGAGAGAAUACCAAAAUUAUAUAAUAUUAAAAACUAUGUAAAGUUUUCUACAUGAAAAUACGAUGUAUAAUAGUUAUAAUAUUCCAUGCUUUAAUCAAGUGAUAAACCAAUAAAGUUUUACGAAGUGUUC